AUGAGCGAGCUCGACGACUUCAUGGAGCAGACGGGAGGCCGUCCGUCUGCUUCGGACACUCCGCCUGCUGCUGACCCUUCCUUGACCGAAAACAGCAAGAAGCGCAAAAAUGCGAAGGAGCCUGAGGCCAACAAGAAGCCCAAAGUCAUGGAGAACAAGGCUAUCUGGAUUUCCAACCUGCCUCUCGAUGCCACUAAGAAGGAGCUCGAAGACGAGUGCUCGAGGUACGGCAUCAUCGACAAGGGCGCUAACGGCGAGCCGCGCAUCUACAUGUACGAGACCGAUGGCGUCUUCAACGGCACCGCCAUGGUCGUAUACUUCAAGAAGGAGGCAAUCGCCAAUGCCAUCAGGCUGAUGGACGAUUUCCCUCUUCGCCCCGGCGAUAAUUCAAACGGUAACAUCCACGUCGAGGCAGCCAAGAUCGAGCACAAGAAAGAGAGGGAUGUAAGUCGGCAACUCAACGAGUGGUCUGAUAACGAGGAUUACGUCGCCGAGACCUUGGCGCCCAAAAAGAACAAGUGGGCUAAGGUCGUCAUUAUCAAGAAUAUCUUCGACCUGGAGCAGCUCGAGGAAGACGCGAAAGCAUACCUGGAAAUUAAAGAGGACAUGCGCGAGGCAGCCGAGGAGUACGGCGAAGUCACCAACUGCACCUUGUACGACAGGGAGCCCGAGGGCAUCGUCACGGUCCGCUUUCGCGAGUUCGAGCCUGCGGAGAAUUUUGUGGCCGCCUUCCAGGGCAGGAGAUACAAUCAUCGUGGCCUUCAACUUUCGCUCGCAGAAGACAAGCCCAAGUUCAAGAAGUCUGGCCGUGCCAACACGCCUGACAGUGAUGACGAGGCGCCGGCGCCGGCGGCCAAAACCAAGGCCUAG